UGCAUCCCGGGAGACGCGAUCAUCUUCCAGUCAUUCUCGAACUCGAAUCACCAUAUUGCCCAUUGCCUACUGCCCACUGCCUUCAUGUGAUAAUAUAAUUCUUUCUUUUACUUUUACAUACUACCUUGAAUCUACCAAGCCAUUGUCUACCACUUUUAUGAUAACCCAAUUCAUAUCCGACCCUUUAAUUUACUUUAUUCUUUCUUUCCAUUUCACAACAUGGAGAAUAGUGAGCAGAUCUGGGGUAUAACCCCCCCAAUCGCAACAGCUCUUCCUACAGCAGCAGAGACACACUCGACCCAUUUACUUUUGGAGGAACUGAAGCGCCAAGAUGCCUUCGAAUCCGUCGCAGAGACUAAGAAAAGGGAGAGAGUUCUAGCCGACCUGCAACGAAUUGCCGACGAAUUUGUGCGACGAGUGGCAAAAGAGAAGGAGCCGCAAAACGAGGUUCUUAUCCGGGAUGCCCGAGGAGAAGUCUUCACGUAUGGAAGCUAUUGUUUGGGUGUCUAUGGUCCUGGCUCGGAUAUCGAUACCCUUGUCACUGCUCCUAAAUACGUUACGCGCGAUGACUAUUUCAAGUACUUCCCUUCACUGCUACAAGAGAUGGCUCCUAAGGGUGCCGUGACAGAUCUGACUGCCGUUGAGGACGCGUUCGUACCCAUCAUCAAAUUCGAGUAUUGGGGAAUCAGCAUCGAUUUGAUCUUCUCAAGAAUUGCCACCUUGAAACAAUUUCCGCCUCACGGCCAACUGAACUUGACCAACAACGAGUAUCUACGCGGUUUAGACGAUCGCGAGCUCCGUUCUCUGAACGGAACUAGGGUUACCAAGGAGAUUCUUAACCUCGUUCCAGAGCCGAGCACUUUCCGCCUUGCUCUUCGAGCUAUCAAGCUGUGGGCUCAGCGUCGCGCCAUUUAUGCCAAUAUUAUUGGAUUUCCAGGUGGUGUAGUAUGGGCUAUGAUGGUAGCACGAGUCUGUCAACUCUAUCCACGAGCCGCCAGUGCUACUAUUGUUGCCAAGUUCUUCCAGAUCAUGAAAGCUUGGCAAUGGCCUCAGCCUGUGCAGUUGAAGAGGAUCGAGGACGGACCACUUAAUGUCCGUGUCUGGAAUCCAAAGAUUUAUAAGAGUGACAGCUACCAUUUGAUGCCUGUCAUUACGCCAGCCUACCCCCAGAUGUGUGCGACCUUCAACAUCACACAUUCCACCAUGGCUAUCAUACAGCGUGAACUGGAACGUGGCUUUGACCUGACUAAUAAGAUUCGAUCCGGCAAGCUCGCAUGGAAGGAUUUGUUCGUAAAACACACAUUCUUCACCACGGACCACAAGUAUUAUCUGGCAAUCAUCGCGACUAGCACUACUAAAGAAUCACACAAGAUCUGGUCUGGCUUUGUAGAAUCGAAAGUUCGUGUUCUGGUUGGCGACCUAGAUAGAGUCGAUUCCGUCGCCAUUGCACGUCCCUUCAACAAGGGAUACGAGAGAGCACACCGGGUCAAGAAUGACCUGGAAACGGAAGAAGUGCAGAAUGGAAGUUUGGCUUUUCGAGUCCAAGAUGAUGAAGGCCAGGAUGAUGAUAAGGUGAAGAAGGAGAACGGCGCUGAUAUCAAAGUUGAAGUAAAAGCAGAAGCGAAUCCUGAAGCCGAGAAAGAGAAUGGCCAGCCGAACCCGAAUAUCAAAUCCGACCCCGAAGAAGAUCGGAAGACGAAGAUAGAGGAUAUCGCCGAUGCAUCCGUCCUCGGCACCAAGAUCUACACGACCACCCACUACGUAGGCCUUGAGCUCGCUGAAGGUGCAAAGUCAUUAAACUUAUCUUAUCAAGUUGAUGCGUUCAAAUCCAUGUGCGGUCAAUGGGAGAAGUACGAACCAAACCUCAACUACUUGAGCGUUCAGCACGUGAAGAACACAAAUCUUCCUGACGACGUUUUCGAGACAGGCGAAGUUAAGCCCACGCGCCCCACUAAGAAGGCGGUCGCGAUGAAGCGCAAUGCGUCGUCCGAAGUAUGUAGAGCUAAGUGGUGGAUGGCCAAUACCGCGAUUAUUGCCGGGAUAUCCAAGAUAAUCCCUUGAAUCUUCGAGCAGACCGUUUACUAACUCAUCCUCUAGGGCAACCCUCCGCCGGCGAAGCGAUCGCAAACCAACCUACAGGCAUCGGCUGCGGCUGUAGGUUAAGUGCUAUAAAAACUUGCCUAUUCAUUCGACAUCGACUCGUAUUCCACCUGUACAACAGUCAUCUUGGAUCUGCUUGGAUGUCGACUGAUCUAUCGCAGUUGACGCCACACCCUUUUACGUUGAUACUAACACAGUAGUUUGCGAAAGUAGUCACUUCGCCAUUCCGUGAGUACGAUCGACCUAAUGCAUGGGGAUAACUAGUAUCCUCAUUACGAAAAAGAAAAAACAAUAUCACGUCAUAGGCAUGAUAGUCACCUAGUAACAAGGGGAGAAGACAGACAU